AAUUUUUUGGGUUACAAUUAAAAUUGUUGGGUAGAAAGCCAUAACAAGUGCUACUCAGUAUUUUAAAACAAAAAGUGUGCGUCUUGCAUUAUCUAGAAAUGCUAAAAAUCGCAACAUAAAAUUUUGCUUACGAUACGUUUUUUUGAGUGUCAAUUAUGCAGAAGCAACAACAAUAUUUACUUACUUUUACGAUUUUAUUAUGCAGCAUUGUUGUGACAAAAACGAGUCCAUUCAGCGCCCUUGACAUAUCAGAUUCGGGCAUAGCUUUGGGCAACGUCUCGGAUGAGUCAAGCAGCUCCGCCGAGCAGCCUUUGAAAAGACCAAGCGCCGCUGAUUUCUCUGAUGAGGAUGAUGACGAUGAUUAUUCGCUGUAUGCGAAUGACUUGGGCAAAGAUGCACAGAGCUUUGAUGUUUUAAUAUUCACACAGCAAUGGCCAGUUACGACCUGUUACCACUGGAGGGAGCAGGAUCCGUCGCAUGAAUGCACCCUGCCGCAGAAGAAGGAGUUUUGGACCAUACACGGCAUCUGGCCAACGAAAUGGGGUCAAAUUGGACCCAACUUUUGCAAUAAGUCGGCUGAAUUCGAUCCGGAUCAACUGCAAGCGAUUCUUGACCGUUUGAACACUUACUGGCUGGACUUGGAGGGCGAUGCGCCGCAGGACGACCUGUGGAAGCACGAGUGGCUCAAGCAUGGCACCUGUGCCGCUGUCCUGACCGAACUAGACAACGAGCUAAAGUACUUUGGACAGGGCCUGAAGUGGAGGCAGAAGUACGUGAUAUCCGAUGUGCUGGAUGCGGCCGGAAUACAUCCCGACUCCGAUAACACGAUCAUCGUAUUGAACAAUGCCCUUGUGCGCGGCCUCGGCAAGAAUCCCUCCAUCCAUUGCCUGUACGAUCGCAAGCAUAGCAUUAGCUAUUUGUCGGAGAUACGCAUCUGUUUCAACAAAUCGCUGGAGCUGAUCGAUUGCGAUGGCGUCAAGCUGGUCGAUGUGGUUGCCAUUAAGUAUCCAGGCGGCACGGUGAACACCAAUUGUCACGUUGGCAGUCCGGUGCAUUAUCCCAGCCUGGUGCCGCCGGUGCAACGCAAAGAGGAUUGGAAAUUGAGCCUGGUCAACGUCUACAAACUGUUGCAAUUUCUGAUGUGGUUCACAUUGUAGAUGGGAUCAGUCAUUGGUUUUUGUUUUUUUUUUUUCCUUUGUUCUUUUUUUUUUGUUUUUUUGUGGGCCGUCUCUCGACAGAAAUUAAGAUAAUCAAUCAUUUGUUAUGUCCCACACAAAAAGGUUAUUUCAAACUAAAAUUAAAACUAAUUUCACCAAUUUUGUAUGGCACUAAAAAGGCGCAUCAGCUGCAAUGUUGAUUUGUUGUUCCCCAGACUCGAGGCUAAAUUGUAUUAAAACUGAGACACACGUGAUCGGUACACCAUAUCACAAUCACUAUAUACAUAUGUAUAUAUUUAUAUAUAUAUAUAUACAUAUAUGACGAAUGCGUUUAUACGGCUGCUCUGAAUUGUGACUAUGCAUGGCAGAGAAGGAAAUUCAUUUUGAUUCUUGUAUAUAUGUAUUUGUAAUCACAUUGAAGGAACUCCGCAUAAACGUGUUUAUGAAUGGAAAAGUAAUUAAAAAUGUUUGCAAUUACAUUUAGAACAAAUUAUUGAACAAUGUUUACUCUUUGCCCAUUUGAUAUCUUAUCACAAUAUUGCGUCUUUAGACCAAACCGCUGAUAAUAUAAUAUUCUUGCUUGUUUAAACCAUAAUAAUA